GAAAAUCCCGAGGCAUCUUUGAUCAGAUUAGAAGUUGUAUGCUGGAAUAUAUUGUAAUCAAAAAUUAAUAGAAAUGUUCUGAUCAAAAUAUUUAAGAGCUUGGAAUUUCAGUAAAUAAUUAUGAAUUGUGAAGAAGAACCAGCCAAUCAGGGUACAAAUCUAGGCGAAAGUUCAGGUUUUGUUAGACAAGGAUCUCUGCGAAGGGUAAUACCUGGCGAAAAUAAUAAUGAAAAUUUAUUUAUGAAGAAUAAAGGUGAACUGAGCAAACUCUAUAAAAAUAUCCGCUUAGAAUAUGUCAUUCUGGCUGAAUAUAAAACAGUUAUCAGUGAAAAUAUACAAGGUGUUUAUGUUAUUCCCUCAAGAGACAAUUUUUUAGCAUGGUUUGGAGUUAUUUUUGUCAAAAGUGGCCCAUAUGAAGAGGGAGUAUUUCGUUUUGAUAUUAUUCUAGAACCUGACUUCCCUGAUACACCCAAACUGCCUACCGUAUGCUUCCAAUCAAAAAUGUUCCACCCUGUAGUACAUCAAGAAACCAACGAGUUGAGUCUCUUGAAAGCAUUCACGAAAUGGGAUAAAUCGGAAAACCAUAUUUGGCAGGUUUUGAAGUAUAUCAAAUGGAUAUUCCACAAUGUAGAAGGAAGUUUGCCUCAUGCAGUUAAUGAGGAAGCAGUUUCUCUGUUCAAAAAUGACAAAGAGGAGUUUCAGAAAAAAGCAAGAAAUAUAGUGGAGGAAAGUUUAGAACAUUUAUACGACGAGCCACCAACAGACGAUAAACAUUAUAUCAGGUUUGAAAUGUACGAUCCGAACAUUCACGAACCGACAAGGGCGCAACUUUUGACCCAAAAACAUGAAGAACUUCCGAAAUAUCGAAAAUCGUGGGUUCUUCCAGGAAGUAUCAUACCUUUAGGAAGACCGCCUACGCCCGACUCCGAAAAAGAAUCAUGAUAUUACCGGAUGAAGUUCGCGAAAUAGUAUUAGGAAAUAAAAUCACCAUUACCUAGGAAUUUUCAUCACUUUUGUGAGCCGUCCAAAGAAAACGUAACUUGAGAGAAUUCUUCAACACUUUUGUAUCGGUAGAAUAAACUGGUGUGGUUGAAAAUUGCUGACAAAUACAGAAUCCAAUUAAUCUUAUGAUGAAGUGCAAUAAUAAAUACAGCUAUAUAUUUUUAUGAAAAAUUUAAUUAUACUUAACUGUUCAAAUGUAUAAAGCGGAAAUAAAAGCUUUCUCUAAA